GGCCUCGAGCCCCCCCGUGCGCCGCGUCGGGACUGCGCUCGCCCUCUCGGCCGCGCGCUCCGCCGCCCGCCAGUCUGGUCGGCGCGCGCUCGGCGGCGGCGGUCCGACGACGCAGGAGCUGCGCUCGCCGGACGAGCCUCGCGGCGCUCGCGCUCGACUCCCCGGCCACGGGACGCGGUCGCAGCCGGCGAGGGUGCAGCCCCCAGAGCGGCGGCGGCGGCGGGAAAAAUGAAGAACGAAAUUGCGGCAGUUGUCUUCUUUUUCACAAGACUGGUUCGAAAGCAUGACAAGUUGAAAAAAGAAGCAGUUGAAAGGUUUGCUGAGAAAUUAACUCAAAUACUUCAAGAGAAAUAUAAAAAUCACUGGUAUCCAGAAAAACCAUCAAAAGGACAGGCCUACAGAUGCAUUCGUGUCAAUAAGUUUCAGAGAGUUGAUCCCGAUGUCCUGAAAGCCUGUGAGAACAGCUGCGUCUUGUACAGCGACCUGGGCUUGCCUAAGGAACUUACGCUCUGGGUGGAUCCGUGUGAGGUGUGCUGCCGGUAUGGAGAGAAAAACAAUGCAUUCAUUGUUGCCAGCUUUGAAAAUGAGGAUGAGAACAAGGAUGAGAUCUCCAAGAAAGUUAGCAGGGCUCUUGAUAAGGUGACCUCUGAUUAUCACUCAGGGUCCUCUUCCUCAGAUGAAGACACAAGCAAGGAAGUGGAAGUGAAACCCACCUCAGUGGCUGCAACACCAAGCCCGGUGUACCAGAUUUCAGAACUGAUAUUCCCACCUCUUCCAAUGUGGCACCCUUUGCCCAGAAAAAAGCCAGGAAUGUACCGAGGGAGUGGCCAUCAAACUCACUACCCUCCUCCUGUUCCAUUUGCUUAUCCAAAUCCAGGAAGGAAGAAUAAACCAUUCCGCCCAAUUCCAGUGACAUGGGUACCUCCUCCAGGAAUGCAUUGUGACCGAAAUCACUGGAUUAAUCCUCACAUGUUAGCACCUCACUAGCUCAUUGAUUGUGUUGAUGUCAUGUUGCUAGAAAGGAAGACAUACCUUCCUAUAUACUAAGAGUUCAUACUUGUAGUGAAGUUACAUGGGCAAAACCAUCAGACUUAUUUUUAUAGAAAAGCUAUUGAGAAUAAUCUUUCUUAAAGUAUAUAUAUAUGCACUUUAGAUAUAUUGAUAUAGUUUGAGAAACUUUAUUAAAGUUAGUCAAGUGCCUGAGUUUUUAAUAUUGGACUUGAGUAUUUAUAUAUUGUGCAUUGACUCUGUUGGAUACAAAAACACUGUAGGAGUGGGCGAUGUGUUCUAGCACCUUUGAGCAUUUACUUUAUGGAGAGUAUAUAAGUUAUUUAUACAGAAGGACAUCUAUUUUAUGUCAUUAUUUAGAAGAAUUGUGUGAAAUCAUGUAGUUGCAAAUAAAAAGUAGUUUGAGGCA